AUGAACACCGCUUUUCAACGUCAUAGCCAGCAGGAAGAGGCACGGGUGGACGAACAGGUAAAAUCGUCUGAUUCUGUAAUGUCAGUCUGGAACCCAUCACCUUCUAUAUUGCCUGGACCACAGCUGCUUCACGAGCUGGCCUUGAGUGGAUCACAUGAUGCCUAUAGUGCUAUUGAAUUCUUGACUGCGGAUGGAGACAUUAUCUCAUUGUCAUAUCAUUCUUUGAGCCGGAUAUCUUCGAAGCUAGCAGCACAGAUUGUCCAUGCUUCACAGAAGACGGAAAACUUCGUUGUUCCUGUACUCUUACCUCAAUCAUUGGAGUUAUAUAUCACCUGGGUAGCAAUCCUCAUGGCAGGAGGUGCAUUCUGUCCUUUGAACAUCGAUGCACCCCCAGAGCGGAUAGAAUUCAUUCUGCAGGACGUGGCUGCCUCUGUUGUUAUCACUCAAGGUGCAUUGAUGACGAGAGUCCCCCAGAAUGAUAACAUUGCUGUGAUCAAUACAGACGGUUUGGUGACGGACAUUGAGACAGAUGAAGUCCCGUCACCAGCCUUGAACAUAUCUUCCUCCAACUUAGCCUAUGUAAUGUAUACAUCUGGGUCUACCGGCCGUCCAAAGGGCGUCGGGAUUUCUCAUCUCGCUGCAACCCAAUCAUUACUGGCGCACAACGACCUGAUACCCCCAUUCACUCGAUUUCUGCAAUUUGCCUCGCCAACCUUUGACGUUUCUGUUUUUGAGGUCUUCUUUCCACUAAUGCGUGGAGCGACCCUGAUUGGUUCUGACAGGGAGCAAAUGCUUCUCGAUAUUUCCCACGUCAUGACUACAAUGAAGGUUGAUGCCGCUGAGCUAACGCCAACUGUAGCGGGAGAGUUACUGCGUACCCGUGCCGCAGCACCCAGCUUACGGGUUCUGCUUACUAUCGGCGAAAUGCUCACCAAACACGUUGUAGAUGAAUUUGGUCAGUCAAAGAGCUCUGAUGGUAUUCUUCAUGGCAUGUACGGCCCGACAGAGGCAGCAAUCCACUGUACAGCGGCCACAAAAUUCCAAGCCAGCUCUCGAGUCAACUUGAUCGGAAGGCCUUUCGAGACUGUUUCUGCCUUUAUCAUGUCGUUAGAAUCCGAUGAUGGCUCUACAACACAGCUGCUUGAUGUCCUUCCACUAGGUCAAAUUGGCGAGCUUGUCAUCGGUGGCUCACAGCUAGCAGAUGGAUACAUUAAUCGACCUGAUGAAAACGCCAAGGCGUUCAUCGAGCACCCUGUAUACGGUCGACUUUAUCGAACAGGCGACAAGGCUCUAAUGUUACCCUCCGGCGAAAUCGAAUGCUUUGGCCGCAUUUCUAGUGGCCAAGUGAAGCUUCGUGGUCAGCGGAUAGAGCUUGGAGAAAUCGAGCAUGCCAUCUGCCGAGCACCCGGCGUUCGGAGCUCUGUCACAAUAGUAGGAGGUGGCAGUUUGGCAGCUUUCGUUCUGGUCAGCGACAAAGGGACCACCGAUCGCGAACUUCGAGAUGUCUGCCGCCAGUGGUUACCUCGAUUCAUGGUCCCGGGAGAAUUUAUCCUUGUGACUCAAUUUCCUCAACUGCCCUCUGGGAAAGUUGAUCGCAAAGCGUUGGAGGCGGAAUUUAUUCGCCACCACGAUUCUGCACAGACCGAUGAUCAGCAGCCCUUUAGGGACGAGCUUGAAGAAACAAUUACGUUGUGUGUGGCUGAUGUCCUUGAUCGUCAGCUUCACUCGACAGAGAGCCUAGCAGCAGCUGGCCUAGACUCUCUUGCUGCUAUUCGACUAACCUCCCAUAUUCUAGAGGCCGGAAUUCGUUUGGAUGUGGCUCAGGUUCUGGAUGCAGAUUGUGUGGAGCAAAUAUGGCUACUAGCCAAAGAAUUGGAGGCCACACAGCCCACCGAAGACCCGGAAACAGAGCUUCAGAUGAUUUACCAGCUAGUCACAGAUGCUGGUGCUACAAGAAUAGAGUCUUUGGGGAUCGGCUCACAGGUUACUGAGAUUGAACCAAGUAGCCAUAUACAACAAGCCAUGAUUCUGGAAACAGUCAAGAACCAAAAAGCAUACUGCAAUUGGAUCGAACUGGAGUUUGAGUCUUCAAUCAAGUCUACUGCUUUGCAGAAUGCAUUUUUCCAACUUGUGAAACAAAAUUCCUUGCUCAGAUCUGGAUUUGUGGAGAUCGGUCUGAAAGAUCAUUCUUAUGCCCGCUUUACGUGGAAGGAGGUUGACGAACGGCUAAUUCAAACACGCGAUGUUUUCGACUAUAACUCCUCCAUGAUUGCUGAGAAUGACCUUCUUUAUCCUCUCCAGGUGCAGUUGAAAGAGACAGACCAGUGUCUUCGAGCACUUGUCCAGAUUCACCACUCCAUCUAUGAUGGAUGGUCGUGGCAAAUGAUCUUGGAAGACCUCCAUCAUCUUCUGGCUGGGGAGAAUGUUCAGCCAAAACCAGCAUACAACGCAGUGACGAAAUAUUUCAUUGAAUACAAGUUGAGUGAAUUAUCCGACGAAUCUUCCUUGUUCUGGCGUGAUCAGCUUCAAGGAAUCUCUGCUACAUCUUUCCCUAAGUUCCAUGGGAAGACAGACGUGGUCCAAGGUACACGAGAGACCCUUAGGGUGUUAGAUGUCCCCAUCGAAAAGCUCAAUAAUGUAUCGCAAAGUCUCAGAGUCAGCCGGCAGACCAUCUUCCAAGCGGCUUUCUGCUAUAUUCUCUCAACAUACCUUGGUUCUGAUGACGUUGUUUUUGGAACUGUAUUUUCAGGCCGGACAAUACCAGUCAAAGGGAUAGAAUCAGUUCUAGGUCCUUGUAUCCGAACUCUCCCAACGCGUAUGAAUCUUGACAGGAUGCAAAAUAUUACUGAUCUUUUGUUGGCGAUUCAGAACAUGAACCGCAAGUCUCUUGAACACGGUAGCCUACCCCUCCAAGAUAUCAAGAAAAUAUCUGGCAUCGACCUACAUCAGAACCUUUUCGAUGCUGCCCUGGUGUGGCAAGAGAGUAUCUGGUCUGAUCGACCUCAAAGUACUUCAUUCCACGAGGUUGACUCUGCGGAAUUUUUGGAUUUCGCACUCUUGGUAGACUUUGAGCCUCGGAAUGGCAAAAUACUUGCCAAGGUGACUUAUCAAGAGGCUAUUUUGCCUCAUGAGCAGGCUUUGAUGCUCCUCGAGCAGAUCGACUGUGUUGCAGGUAUUCUCAUUGAGAGCCCCAACCUGGCAAUUGAUGAGAUCGGUCGUCACCUCGCUCCUUCCAUCCUUUCAGUCUCCCAUUCAAGUAAUCUAAACCAAAAUAUUUCCGGUCUUGUAGCUGGUGUUGAAAAAGCUGCCUCCGCUGCACCUAGUCGCACUGCUGUUGAAGUACUCACCCCAAAGGAUUCGAACUUUACUACCUCAGAGAUCCAAACCAUCUCCUAUGGCCGAUUAAACUCCAGAGCCAAUUGCUUUGCACACCACCUACUACACAGAGGUGCGAAAACGGGCGACUUGAUUGCCAUUCUUCUGGACGAGUCUAUUGAUUGCUAUGUUUCCAUUCUGGCAGUUGCCAAGAUAGGGGCUGGUCUCUUGCCUUUAAAUUCUCAAACUUCAGCACAGAAUAUUCAUAUAGCGUUGACUUCUGCAGAUGCACAAUUUUGCAUUAUCCCAUCAUCCGCAUUCCAGGAAGACCUAUCGACCGCUCUGGGAUCAAUUCAACAAAUUCAUCUUCCCGAGUAUCUAGACAACUAUCACGACAGCAAUUUUAUCACGAAUGACGACCAUUUUCAUAUUGUGUGUGCUGAGAAUUCUGCUUACUAUUCCUCUCAGGAACUGCAAAGCCAGGUUCAUGUGCUUGCAAGUUCUUUCUCUUGCGGCCUAGGGUCUAAAAUACUCCAUUCAUUCCCACGAGUAUCUGCCGACUAUUUCAUUGACACUUUCCUCGCGUGGCAUACUAGCUCAACCCUUUGCUCUGUAUCAGAGGAGUCAUUUGUAAAGAACCUUCAGCAAACCGUCAAUAAAAUGGAGAUAACGCAUCUGAGUCUACCACUCAGACUAGCUUCCCUUUUGACCCCGAAGAGUGUUCCCAGUGUUCAGUUCCUAUUCACAUCUGGGGAACCUUUGAAUGCGAAAGUCCUUCGUGACUGGUCCAACAACGGCCUUUGCUACGGCUACAAAACACAUGGCUUAGCUGGUAUCCGGAUGUUACGUUCAAACUACGAGGAAUCAACCUCCCUUGCAGGAAUUGGCAUGCCACUUGUGAAUACGUCUGCCAUGAUUGUCAGGGACUCUAGUGAGUUCAUUCUGCAACCUCAUGGCGCAGUUGGAGAGUUGUGCUUUGGUGUAAAACAAGAGGGCCAUAACAAUCGUGGCUUGAAGAUACCCACAACGGGAUUCAUAGAUCAUCCACAAUUUGGUCGGGUCUAUAGGACUGGUGACUACGGUCGAUUCCUCUCAGAUGAUACCAUUGUGCUACUCUCAGGGUCUCAUCAAGAAAAUAUGUCCAAGUUUAUGGACUUGGAAGAGAUUGAACUUGUUCUUGUCUCGUCUAAGCUGGUUCAAGACUCAUUAAGUCUAGUUCUGAGCGACGAGAUCACGAACCAACCCAAAUUGGUAACAGUCUGGGUCCCUUCAAAACAAGUUCAAGACCUUGAAGACUAUGAAAACCUUAGUUCAGUAGUCACAGAGCUUUUUGAAGAACUCGGCACGAAGUUCUCGCAUUCUAAGCUCCCAUCUCACCUGGUUCCGAUUGUCAACAUACCCAUGACCGAUUUCUACAAAACUGAUUAUGAAGCCAUUCAGCGAUACAUCAAAAAGUUGAGUCCUGAGACAUUGCAACUUUUCUCUGGCAAUAUUGGGACUGAAAACUCCGAUGGCACUCUCACAGACGUUGAGAAGAUCAUUGCAACUGCCCUUUCAGCGGUGACUGGAGCCGAAGAGAAAAUCAUUCGGCGACACACUUCGUUCUAUAAACUAGGACUUGACUCCUUAUCCGCCAUUUCCUUCUCACGAAAACUGCAGGAAUCUGGAUGUGGAAGACUUCCCGUAUCGACAAUCCUGCGCCAAAGCUCUGUUGCCCAGCUAGCAGCUUCUGUUUCUGCUGCUUUACACAACAAACAGUCUCAAAAGCCUGAACCUAUACUCGAAGAGGCACCCGCAUCUGUCUUUGAUAAGGAAUGGCUUCUUGGAAUGGAGGCAGAGUUAAACUCUGAAAAUCUUUCUGUCCAAGGCGUCUAUGCCUGUACGCCGUUACAGGAAGCAAUGCUGGCAGCAGAAUCAGACCUUCAUUCAACCUAUUUCAACCAUAUUCUGCUUCGAUUGAAUACAGAUGCUGGGGAGUUGAAGAAUGCAUGGGUCCACAUGUUGCAGAGGCAUGACAUCCUCAGAACCUGCUUCAGAGCAACCGAUGAUGUAAGAUUCACCUAUGCACAGUUUGUUCUAGAGAGUGCAACACUACCGUGGUCCUCCGUUGAAAUAUCUCCAAGUGGCCUUAGCCACGAUGUCCAGAUGAGAAAGUCAGAAUUUGAGCAUCAGUCACCAAUCAGUGGAACGCUUCCGUAUUCUUUGACCGUUUUUACCGAUCAUAUCACUCAUAGCGCGUAUCUCCUGCUAUCAAUCCACCAUGCUCUGUAUGAUGGCCAAGGAAUAUCGCAGUUACUCUAUGAGCUUCAGCUUUCUCUUUCAGCUCAAGCACUGCCCGAAGUCACACCCUUCCACAAAUUCAUCGAGUACAUGGUCUCCUCCAGCUCAACUAUUUCGGACAAAUUUUGGGACCGAUACUUGUCUGGUGUCUCGCCAACCCUGUUCUCAGUCCCGGAGAAUAUCAAUGGCAUAGCUGACCAGUCUGCCUCUCAGAAAACCCAAGCAACAGUGAAAAGCUCCCUGACUACAUUCAAACAACAAUGCAAGGAUCUUUCUGUGACACCACUGAACGUCUUUCACGCAGCAUGGGCGAGGCUCCUGUCCCUGUAUGCUGAUUCGUCAGAUGUCUGCUUCGGUAAUGUUUUUAGCUGCCGAACCAUUCCUCUGAAGGGUGCAGACAAGAUAGUCGGGCCUUGCUUCAAUACGCUUCCGAUCCGUGUCAAGCUUACUCCCACUUCAACCAACGCGGAUAUAAUGAAGAUAUCGCAGAAAAACAAUAGCGACAUCUUACCUCACCAGUUAAGCACUCUUCGUCAGAUUCAGAGACGUGCUCUCCGUGGAGGCUCUCAACUCUUUGAUACGUUGGUCAUUCUUCAGAGCACCACUGAAGUUGACUCACAAUAUUGGGAGAUUAUUGAAGAUGAAGGGAACAUGGGCUUUCCUCUCAUCUGCGAAAUACUUCCUGAUGAAGCUAAUAACACAUACAAUCUCUGUAUUCACUUCCAGACAUCUUAUCUGUCUCGCGAUGUGGUAAAGAGGCUUGCGCGAAGCUUUGUUGAUCUCGUUGAACACACCCUUCAAUAUCCUUCCGCACAGGCUUCUGACAGAAGGUCAAUUGAAGCAGAUAUUCCGCACAUUUUUGCAAAAAACCAGACUCCCAAACCUAAUGGUCGUCAAAUCUCUACCGUUCAGCAGAACUUACGAGCUUUAUCUGACCAAGAAGAGUUUCUCCGAGGAAUUAUCUGUAACUUUUCGGGAAUCAACCCAAACACUGUUUCCCUGCAUACAACUCUCUUCCAGCUAGGCUUGGACAGUAUCAAUGCCGUUCAAAUCUCCGGCAAGCUACGUUCGAUGGGCUACAAGAUCCCCGCUGGUGAUAUUCUUGAAGCCGCUUCAAUUGAGAAGAUUGCAUCUCUUCUUGAAUCUAGCGCCCAGGGAGUCAAAGAAGAUGAAUUCAACUUCAAUGCAUUCGAGAAGCGGCACUUGCCAAACGUGUGUGCGCAAUUGAAUAUAUCCUUGCAGAACGUACAGUCUUUACGGCCUUGCACUUCCGUCCAGAAUGGCAUGCUGGCCCUCUAUACACGCUCCCAGGGCGACUUCUACUUCAACCGCAUGGCCUUGAAUUUUUCAGCGCCACUGGACAAAAUUUUGCUCAAGGAAGCAUGGUCAAAAGUCAUGGCUCAACAUGAGAUGCUACGGACUGGGUUUGCUCAAUUACAGGACAAGCAAUACCCGUUCGCUAUGAUAACCUAUCAAGAACCCAUUGGUCUACCAUGGCACGAGACCGAUAAUACCACCACAGAUGAUAUCAAAGCUCAACAGCGGAAAAUCUUCGAGAAUAUUCACAGGCCUCCUUGGCAAAUCACCAUCGGAACUUCUGAUACAGUCUCCAUGAUGCAUUUCUCUGCCCUUCAUGCGCUCUACGAUGCUCAAUCUCUUGCACUUAUCUUUUCGGAUGUCGAAAAAUCAUACCUGGGGAAAACACUCACGAAGCCUGUUUCCAUUCCAGCAAUCUUAGGACCAAUUUUGGUUGAAAGUCGCAAACAAAGCGAGACCACGCAUGGUUUUUGGAAGGGACUGGCUCCGGAAGUUCAGCCAUCCAAAUUUCCAGAUUUGAAUCCUAUUCGCACAGAGAAUAAAGAACUGCUAGGAUCCUCUAUCCGAUGCUCGCAGUCUCUUGAAACACUGGAAAGUCGCUGCAGAGAAAUAGGAGUGACGCUCCAAGCAGCCGGCCAGGUUGCAUGGGCUAGACUGCUUUCCGCAUAUACCGGAGAACAGAAUGUCACAUUUGGAGUGGUUCUUUCUGGUAGAAGUUUGUCUUUAGCAGCCCAGGAUGCUGUUUUUCCUUGCCUGGUUACCAUGCCAUCACCCCACCACAUUGAGGAAACGAACCGUGAACUGUUAAGCAGAGCAGUGACGAGAAAUGCGUCCCUGGUUAAAAAUCAAUUCACUUCUCUGGGACAGAUUCAAAAAUGGUUAGGAAGUGAGGAGCCACUCUUUGAUACUCUGUUUGUCUACCAAAAGUUCUCGUCUCAACACAAGGGCUCUGCAUCAUGGGAUGUUGUGGAAGAAGACACAAGAAUUGAUUAUCCCGUUUCUAUCGAGUUGAUUCCACAUUUGUCGGAUCUGGAAAUCCGUCUCAGUUAUAGAAGUGACCUUGUCCCUGAGAUUCAAGCCACCACAAUCUUAAAUCAGUACAACAAGCUGCUUGAACAGACUGUUCUCUCACCAGACUCCAACUCAGACAAUUACCUAUUCCUUGGGGAUCAGUUGCUGUCUGUCACACCUGCAAAAGAGAAGGUCAUCUCCAGUCCUUUUACUCUAUUACAUCAAUUCGUUGAAAAUAACGCCCAAAAUAUCCCAAACAAACUUGCAUUUGAGUUCGCUUCAAGUAUCUCUGCAAAGGGCGUGGAAAAGAAGGCCUGGUCCUAUCGGGAACUCAACGAGGAUGGCAACCGAGUUGCACACUAUCUACAAAAUAAGGGCGUCAGGCCAGGUGGAAUGGUCGCCAUUUGUCUGGACAAGUGUCCUGAAGCCUCCAUUGCAAUCCUAGGUAUACUCAAAGCAGGCUGCUCAUACUUAGCCAUCGAUCCCAUGGCCCCUAUCUCGCGCAAGAAGUUUAUCAUUGAGGAUUCCGGUUCUACGAUUCUGUUUUGCAAUCAAUCGAGAACAGAAGAGCUCAGCAGCCUAUCCGGCGUUGAAGUACAAGCUGUUGAUGAAGCUGGUCUUUACAGUGAUUUUUCGUCUGCUCAGCCUUUACUUCCACGAGAGAUCAGUCCCGAUGACUCAUGUUACUGCUUGUACACAUCAGGGACUACAGGAACACCAAAGGGCUGCGAGAUCACUCAUAAUAAUGCGGUACAGGCAAUGCUAGCAUUCCAAAAACUUUUCUCGCCGAAUUGGGAUGAAGAUUCUCGAUGGCUGCAAUUUGCAUCAUUCCAUUUCGACGUCAGUGUCCUCGAGCAGUAUUGGAGUUGGAGUGUCGGUAUCUGUGUCACAUCCUGUCCAAGAGACCUUUUAUUUGAAGAUUUGCCUGGUACUAUUCAAAAGCUUCAAAUCACACACAUUGACUUGACGCCCAGCUUGGCAAAAUUGGUUCACCCUGAUGAAGUUCCUUCAUUGUGUCGCGGAGUAUUCAUCACUGGGGGAGAGCAGCUCAAGCAAGAGAUUCUUGACGACUGGGGAAGGCACGGAGUUAUCUACAACGGGUAUGGGCCAACAGAAGUCACUAUCGGAUGUACCAUGCUUCCUCGAAUGCGCGCCAAUGACAAGCCAACUAACAUCGGACCUCAAUUUGAUAACGUGGGCUCGUAUGUUUUCCGGCCUGGAACUUCAACUCCCGUCUUACGUGGUGGUCUAGGCGAGCUUUGCGUAUCUGGCCCUCUUGUUGGAAAGGGAUAUUUAAAUCGAGCAGAGCUGACAAGGGAACGAUUCCAAGACCUGUCUGAAUAUGGAGAUCGCGUCUACCGGACCGGUGACUUGGUCAGAAUUUUGUAUGACGGCAGUUUCCAGUUUCUCGGCCGAAUUGAUGAUCAAGUCAAGCUGCGUGGCCAGCGACUUGAGAUUGGCGAGAUUAAUGAAGUAAUCAAGCAAUCAACACCUGAGCUGAACGAAGUUGCCACACUAGUCAUCAAACACCCCAAGCAAUCCAAAGACCAGCUCGUCUCGUUCAUCACCAGUGUAGAUGCAGACAAAAAGGCCCCUUUUGAGGUUUCCGCCUCUGAAAAGGAUCAUGAGUUGCUGUCAACAAUCAAAGCUGCUUGCUAUACGCAUCUUCCUGGUUAUAUGGUACCAACACACAUCAUACCAAUGACCCGUUUCCCACUGUCUGCGAACAACAAAGCUGAUAUGAAAGUUCUGAAAAGUCUCUAUGAAGAGAUUUCUAUCGAGGACAUUCAAAAAUUGACAUCUAUAGGUGCUCGUCGAGGCGUCAAAAACGUGCGAGAAAAUGAAAUUAUAUCAGUUCUUGCCAAAUUUGUUGGGUCCGCUGAUUCGUCCAUUUCUUCCUGGUCGAGCAUUUAUGAGCUGGGUCUUGACUCUAUCUCAGUCAUUGCAUUCUCCCGGAGUCUCAGAGAAGCUGGCUUUACCCAAGCUCAGCCAUCUUUAGUCAUGAAAAAUCCUACUAUCGCGGGGAUGGCCUCUGCGUUGCAAACAUCCACAGGUCCAUCGAACUUACAGGAUGAUCUGCACCGAAAUACAAAGCAAGCUAUCCAAGCGUUUGUACAGAAGAAUUCACACUCAGUCAUUGAAAGUCUCGGCAUUUCGGAUAGUAAUAUUGAGCAAAUCGCACCAUGCACGCCUCUCCAGGAAGGUAUCAUAUAUCAUUUCCUGUCAAGCAACACACCAUUGUACUGCUCAACUUUCAGGUUUCCUCUAACCUCAUCCGUCGAUCUGUGGAAAUUGAAAGCAGCAUGGCAGAAAGUUCAGAAUCAAGUUCAAAUGCUGCGAGCGCGUUUCGCUCCUUCCCCUGAUGGCUACGCACAAGUCGUACUCAGUAAUGACAAAAUUCCUUGGUUUCAGUACAGAGUCAACGGAUACGAUGGAUUACUUGACAUGCAUUCAAGGCAAGCCGAGGCCUGGGCUUCCCAGAUCGGCGAUCUAUCUACACGGUUAUGGGAAGUUGGUAUCAUCACGUAUGACGAAAACCAUGAUUUCGAAUGUAAGCAUGUAAUGUUCCUCAACAUUUUCCAUGCUCUUUACGAUGGAAACAGCUCGAACCUUCUUCUCAAUCUCGUAUCGGACGCCUAUUUUGACCAGAAAAGCACAUCUGAAGAGGCACCGAAUUUCCUCGACGUUUUACAUCUGGGGCCUCUCUGCAAAGACCCUGCAGCAGAAGUAUUUUGGAAAGACCAUCUUGCCAACAGUCAGAGUCGACCUCUCUCUAAUCUGGACCCGGAAAAUUACGGCUUGUCGGCCGUUCACGAAAUUCGCAUUGAUACAACUGAACACCUAGACAAAUUGCGGAAAUCACUCAAUGUUACCGACCAGGCCAUCCUUCAUACAUGCUGGCUACUCACCCUCCAUGAAUAUUUCAAGUUUGUACCACCAAUCGGAAUAAUUGCUUCUGGUCGAUCUCUUGAUGUUCCUGGUAUUGCCAACAUAGUUGGUCCUUUGUUCAACACUAUCCCAAGCGAUGUACAGCUUCGAGGCCUCAAGUCAUGGUCAGAAGUUGCAAGGAGAUGCCAUGAGUAUCACGUAUCCACACUGCCUUUCCAGUACACUGCUUUACGAGAUAUCGCAAAGUGGCUGAAAAAGAGUCCGAAUGAGCUAGUUGAGUCUCUAUUUGUGUUCCAACGUGAAAGUACGGAUAGUGAGUCGUCGGCAGGCAAGUUAUGGACUUCAGUGGACUCUUACGCACAACACGAGUACCCUUUGGCUUUUGAGAUUGUACGAAAUGGCAAUACCUCUCUUUGUGCAACUCUUGCUACCAAAGAAGGCGUGAUCCCUCCCAAAGAUGCCAAGAGCAUGCUUUCCAAUUUCCAGCAGAUCCUCUAUGAUUUCUCUCAGAACCCGGAUCAUGAGCUGUCUUACACCGAUUUGGCCGAAAAUAAAAAUAUCACGAAUGCCCCUCCUCCCAAGAGCGAGCCUGGAUUCGAGUGGACUCCGUUGGUCUGCAAAAUUCGAGAUGUCAUUGCAAACAUUGCAGGGGUAGAUGCGCAGUCGAUCGGUGAAAACACAUCCAUUUUCGAAGUUGGACUUGACAGUAUCGAUGCUAUCAAAUUGUCUUCAAGACUCAGCAAGCUGGGGGUCAAGCUUCCAGUAAGCAAAAUCAUGCGUUGCCGCAAUGUACAGGCAAUGUCCAAGGCCAGUGAGCCAGUGGAAUCCACCCAAUCCGAACAGAAUGAGGCAUACCCGCUGCUUAAUCAGAUGGAGACAGCCUUGACAAGUUUCCUUGAACGGGAAGGACUUUCCCCUCCAUCAACCACUCGUGUUAUCCCCGCUACUCCAAUUCAGGAAGCGAUGGUGGCAGAAAUGACCUCUUCUGGGUAUAUAAAUUACUAUAAUCACGAGAUUCUGGAGCUAGAACCUCAUGUGGAUCUGCUCAAGCUUCAAGAAGCAUGGAAAACUGUUGUCACAGCCCAUCCGAUCCUUCGCACAUCAUUUGUUGAAGUUUGGGAUCCGGCCAUCCCAACCUCUUACGCCCAGGUUAUUCAUAGCGAGGACACAUUUGAUCUUCAGACUGUACACUUGCAUGGAUCUCCUGUUGAUUCUGUCAUCGAGCUACAGCGCAAAAGAGCCGCUUCAGAUCUGAAGAAUUGCCCUCUACUGACUAUCACGACAGUGCUGGAUGAAAAUGUUCGCUAUCUCGUCCUAUCAAUUGCACAUUCUCUUUACGAUGGCUGGUCAAUCAAUUUACUUCAUGGCGAUGUGGCAAAAUCUUACAUGGGAGAACACUGUACUCGUCCGGCCCCCGACGCAAUUUUAGAGCAAAUACUUGCAUCGUCUGGCGAACGAGCGCUCAAAUUCUGGCGCGCUACGCUAUCCCAUUGUACACCUGCAACUUUCCCAGCAAGAACUCAUUUAGAUGCCAAGUCCACGGUAGUUUACCGCGCAGAAAGAACUCUUUCAAUAUCGUUUGUGAAGGCCGAGUCUUUCUGCAAGCGCCACGGUAUCACUAUACAGGCACUGCUAGUCACCUGCUGGUCUCUCAUCCUAGCAUCGUAUGUCAACAAGUUGGAUGUUGUUUUCGGCCUUGUUCUUUCUGGUCGAAAUAUGGUGGAUUCCGAGCAUGUGAUGUUUCCGACUAUGAACACUGUAGCCAUGCGUGUCAUUCUUCACGGUACUCGAUUGGAGCUUGUGAAAUACGUUCAAGAGACAUUGUUGGGAAUUUCAGAGCAUCAGCAUUUCCCGCUACGUCGAGCUCGACCUGACGCGGUAUCUGGGAAAUUAUUUGAUACUCUUUUCAUUUACCAGAAGAGCCAGCUGGUAGCUGAUACAGUGCCAUGCUUGUAUAAGUCUACUGGGGGAGCAUCCGAUGUUGAUUAUCCAGUCUGUGCUGAGGUUGAAGGUGCUGGUGAAAAUCUCGUGGGAAGGGUAGCUUGUCGUGCAAGUGUUCUUGGAGAAGAAGGCACUCUUGAGUUGUUGGAGCACAUGGCACUAGUUUUGGCAUCGAUCGUUAAUGAGCCAACUCAACAAACUGUCGACGUUAUCGGGGACUCCAUGAAUGUUUCUGGGUACUUGGUUCUUCAAAAUAACACAGUGCAAGAUGUCACUGGCGCGCCAGUCACGAGUAGUACUGAAGAGUGGUCAUCUAUCGAGUUGACGAUCCGGAAUAUUCUUUCCAUUGUCUCCGGAGUACCAGAGGAUUUAAUCAGCAAAGACGCCACAAUAUUCCAGCUUGGAUUAGAUAGCAUCAGUGCCAUCAAGGUUGCUGCUCUCCUGAAGAAACAAUCUGUCAAGUUGGCCGUCAGCGAUAUGCUUAGAGCAGGAACAAUCGAGAAGAUGGCCAACGCAGCAAACAUGACCCCUGAAGAAUUGACACAGACCGAGAUUUCCAAAGCCCUGGAAGACUCGAUGCCCAAAACAAUCGAUGCCACUUCACUGCUUCAAGCCCAUGGUGUCAACUUGGAAAACGUUCAAAGUGUCUUUCCUGCUACUGCCGGACAGAUAUACUUUUUGGCCAUGCAUACCUUGAAUCCAGAAGUAUUCUAUUCGAAAUUCUCCUUCUUGGCCUCAACUCAAUUGAGCCAGGAGGUCCUUGAUAACGCAUGGUUACUUCUUCAGGAUCAAACACCAAUCCUCCGAACAGCUUUUAUUCCUACCCAGGUUAGAUCAUCUCUGCCAUAUAUCCAAUUUGUGAUGAAAUCUGUCCAGAAUCCUGUCCAUUGGCAUGAAUAUCUCCAGAGCCAAGCUGUCGCAACGAGUGUCAGACAAAACAUGGGUACAGUGCCGGUUGCACUGCAUGCCUGCCAAACUGAAGAGGGAACGGCGAUUACCUUGAAGAUUCACCAUGCACUCUAUGACGCCGUCAGCCUUCCGUCCAUGAUGCAGAGGCUUGCGCAGCUUUGCAGCCCCACGCAGCCCAAAACAAAAUACGGAGUGUAUGAUAUCUCCCAGCUCGUAGCAGUCCAACAUAUCCAAUCGCCCGAGGAAAUGCGAUCACAAUUCUGGAAAAAUUACCUGGGCCAAAUCUCAACACGUCACAAAGAGCAACAAGGUACGGGUGUCUUUGGUGCCAUUCAACAAUACUACCGACCGAGCUUAGUUUCAAAUAUGUCUCAAGUGAACAUAGCCGCCAAAGCACAGGGCCUUAGUAUCCAGUCCAUUUUCUUAGCGGUAUAUGCUCGAGUCCAUGCCCAGAUCGUCGUAGAUACACAGCCUCUUGUCGUGGGCUUGUACCUCGCCAAUCGAUCUCACGUGAUGGAAGAAUUGUCUGAGAUGGUUGCUCCGACAGUGAACAUUGUCCCACUGCGCCUCGACAAUAAAAACAGCCAAGACCCAUACGGACUCUUCGCCAUGGCCCAUAAGAUCCAAGACGAGAUCAACGAAAUCAGCAUGGCCGCGCACUCUAGCGUGUCCCUUGCAGAGAUUGCACUCUGGACAGGCGUACACAUCAGCACCUGUAUCAACUUCCUGCGACUGCCAGAAUUAGAAAAAGCGACAGGUAGUAGUGCGGAUAGUGAGCAAGUGACAUUGAAGUCAAUUCCGCGCGAGGAGGUUGCAAAUUUCAAUCAAUUCAGUCCGAAAAACGACGCCACUGGGUUUAUGCGUAACGGUGACAGUGCAGGUCAAUCCACUUCCACGCAAGUGAGCCAGGUUGCCGCUUCAACGGCGGCUAUUGAGGGAGUCUUUUGGCCUACGAUCGACGUUGAGGCAGCUAUCCGAGAGGAGGGGUUGGAUUUCGGACUUUUUGCUCCAGAGAGUCUACUUGACGGCGAAAUCUCCGAGAAGAUCAUCGAGGCUGUGAAGGAGGAAAUGAUGUCCUUGACAUAUAAGGACAUAGCAUAA